AUGUACAACGUGUCCGUGCGAGUUUUCUCUUUCCCUGUUGACCACUGGUGCAAACCUCCGCCCGAGUUCUCCAAGAUGAGCCCUGGCCAAUGGAAGAACUUUGCCAUCCCAGAGAGCAACGACGGUCGGUACGACCAGUGCUACCAGUAUGACCUGAACAUCCUGAACCCCAAUGUGUCUAGACCUUUGGUUCCUUGCGAAGCCUGGGACUACGACCUUCCUCCAGAAAGACACACCAUCAUCAGCUUCUGGAACCUCGUCUGCAACAGGUCUCGUUUGCUCUUAAUAGCCCGCGCUUUUGAGAACGUGGGCGGCCUUUUGUUGGUUCCCGUGGUCGGUCAGACAACCGACAGGGUGGGCCGCCGCCCUGCAACGUUUUUCUGCGUGAUCGUGGCUCUCAUCUCUGGUUUCCUUGCCUCUGUCACCAAGAAAUUCCCCAUCUUCGUGGUGGCACGAGUCUUUGUGGCUGCAUCGGUGAACGCCCUCAAACUUGUCAUAUUUAUCCUCCUCCUAGAGGUGACGUCGUCAGACCGUAGAGAGCUGUACGGUUGUCUUGUACAUAUUGGCUCGGUAGCAGCCUUCAUCUUUGUAGUGGCAAUUCACGACUCCUUCAUGGACAGGCAAGUCGUGAGCCUUAUCACCAUGAUGCCCAUGUCGUUUCUCGUGUUCGCGUUCUACGCUGUCCAAGAGUCUCCACGCUGGCUGCUAGCCCUGCAGGACGUCGAGUCUGCUAGAGCUGUUUUACUCGUCGUGUCGCAUCUAAACAACGUCAACUCGCGCAAGUUACAGAACCCGCCCUGGAAUGCAGCGUGCGUGCCGACCAAGAGAACCACUUUUACGUUCGUCCACCUGAUUUCAAUUCACGCGUUAAGAAAGCGCACCCUGACAGUCUGUUGGGCUUGGCUGUGCGUCAGCACGUCUUUGUUCAGUGUAGUGUUCACGUAUAGCUCGUUCAGUAAUGAAUCGAGGGGACCGGAAAUCAAUGAUGUGAGCAUUGUUUCGAGCGUUGGGGCAAUAUUGGGAGCGUACGGACUGCUCAGACUCUGCGAUCGGAAAACGAUCUUGUUCCUGCUCCUGCCCCUGUCUUCUAUGCUGACAAUCGCGAUCGCCGUGGGCUCCCCGAUAUUCCGAAAGCUUCAAGUUGAAUUUAUGCUCAUAGUCAUUUCUUCUGCACUGCAAGCGACGAACGUUGUGCUUUACAUUUAUACGUUCGAGAUGUUCCCUACGGUGGUGCGAGCUCUGGGCAUAUCCGUGGCUUAUUUCUGCGGGCGAGUCGGGGCCAUUUUGGGAUAUAGGCUAUUUACGAUAACGGUCGACAAUCAUCCGUCAGUACUUAUGUUCAUACUCUCGGUGGUCUUAAUGAGUGCCCUCGCUUGGCUCCAGGCGUUACCCGAAUCCAAGGGGAGGAAACUGCCGGACACGUUGCUCGAUCUUGAAAUUUGUAAAAAAAAAAACAAA